AUGGCAGCACCCAUGCGGUUUGACGGUCGGGUUGUGCUGGUAACAGGCGCGGGUGGAGGGCUUGGCAGGGAAUAUGCCUUACAGUUUGCAGAGAGGGGAGCGGCUGUGAUUGUUAAUGACCUUGGAGGUGGCAUGUCAGGUGGAGGUGAAAGUUCAAGGCCAGCUGAUUUGGUUGUCAAGGAGAUUAGAUCAAAAGGGGGCAAAGCAGUGGCCAAUUACAAUUCAGUAGAAGAUGGUGAAAAGUUGGUUCAGACAGCGCUGGACAACUUUGGGAAAAUUGAUAUUGUGGUUAACAAUGCUGGUAUCCUUAGGGACAGAUCUUUUGCCAGAAUCAGUGAUUUGGAUUGGGACUUGAUCCAUCGUGUACAUAUGAGGGGAUCAUUUCUGGUUACCAGGGCGGCAUGGCCUCAUAUGAAGAAACAGGGAUACGGCAGAAUCAUUAUGACCUCGUCUGCAAGUGGUCUCUAUGGCAACUUUGGACAAGCAAAUUACAGUGCAGCUAAACUAGGCCUGGUUGGUCUAAGCAACACCCUUGCGAAAGAAGGGGUUAAAUAUGACAUCAAGUGUAACGCCAUCGCUCCUAUGGCUGGGUCACGUAUGACCCAAACAAUUCUACCAGAAGGCGCCCUACAACGUUUGGAUCCCAAACAUGUGGCCCCUGUUGUGUUGUACCUGUGUCAUGAAGACUGCCCUGAAACCGGAGGCGUGUUUGAAACUGGCGCUGGAUGGGUGUCGAAAUUGAGAUGGCAGAGAACAAAGGGAACUGUGGUGAGACAGGAUGAUGCUAUCAUGACACCAGAACAAGUGCGUGAUAGCUGGUCAGAAAUCACAGACUUCAGCGAUGCUACUUAUCCAAAUUCUGGUGGAGAAUCAACAACUCAAGCUCUCGCAGCUGUGGAGGAAGCAUUCCAAAACCAGUCAUCUGUGCCAGCUCCCCCUGGUGGUGGUGGUGGUGGAAACAGUAUAGAGAGAGCCAUUGGUUACACUGCCCGCCCAACUGUCUUUACAUACACAACUGAUGAUGCCAUCCUGUACAACUUAGCAGUUGGCAUGUCCACCUCUGACCCAGAUCACCUCAAGUUUCUGUUUGAGGGAUCAGAAGAUUUCCGGGUGAUCCCGUCAUUCUCUGUGAUUCCUGCCGCGUCCUGUAUACCUAACAUUCUCUCUGGGGAUAUCCCAGGGCUUUCGAUAGAUCCCACAAAGGUCCUGCAUGGAGAACAGUACAUGGAAAUCUACAAACCCAUUUCACCCAGUGGUAAACUUAUCUGCAAAUUUACAGUGGCAGACAUUUUGGAUAAAGGCUCAGGAGCUGUCAUUGUCCUAAAUGUUGACCUUGAGAGUGAGGAAGGAGAAAGGGUGGCGAUGAAUCAGUUUGCACUCUUCGUGGUUGGGGCAGGUAGAUUUGGGGGUCACAGGAACACAGACAAGGCUUACGCCCCUGUGGACCCUCCGUCCCGCCCUCCAGACGCCACAGUGAGGGACAAGACAAGCAUUGAUCAAGCUGCUCUCUACAGGCUGACGGGCGAUAGAAACCCACUUCACAUUGACCCCAGUUUUGCUAUUAUGGGUGGAUUUGACAAGCCAAUUCUCCAUGGGAUGUGUACUUACGGAUUUGCCACCAGAGCUGUACUCAAGCAGUUUGCCAAUAACGAUGUAACCUUAAUCAAAGCCAUAAAGGCCAGAAUGUCCAAAACUGUGUUACCGGGGCAAACUCUGCAAACUGACAUGUGGAAAGAGGGCAGUAGAAUUCAUUUCCUGACCAAGGUUGUGGAGAAUGGCAAUGUGUGUUUAUCAGGAGCAUAUGUGGACCUGACCAGAGCACCUGCCACUGUAACAACGACAACACAACCUACACAGAGCGUUUCCCUUGCCAGUGAUGCAGUCUUUGCGGAGUUUUCCCGCCGUAUAAAAGCCAGUCCAGCACUUGUGAAAAAGAUCAACGCAGUUUACCUGUGGAAUGUGACUAAAGAUGGAAAGACCUGUGCACAGUGGACUGUAGACCUGAAGACAGGAAGCGGGUCUGUGUACAGAGGAGAGCCAAAACAGGGGAAAGCUGGGUGUACCCUGACGCUGGCAGAUAGUGACCUGGUCGCCAUGGUAUCAGGAAAGCUUAAUCCGCAGCAGGCUUUCAUGCAGGGAAAGUUGAAAGUGUCGGGCAACAUUAUGCUUAGUCAGAAGUUGAGCCAGCUUUUCCAAGACCAAGCCAAGUUGUGAAAUGCUCAUAAAGUACAUGUACCUUGGAGUAAGAUGCAUGUACCUUUGCUUACAAAAUAAGAAUGUUUGUUUUUGACAUUUUUACAUACAUAAAAUGUAUGGUUUUGUAAAU